UCAUGUACUGCAUUUAAUAUGUUUUAAUUUGGUGGGGUACGACCUCUAUCAAACCCCCUCUAUGUUGCACCUCCUGUCACCUUCGCGAACUCUCUCGUCACUCUCCUUGCCACUGUCGUUGCCACCACCCUCCUCCGUCGCUGCCACCACGCUCCUCCGGCCACCGUCGCGGCGUCGCCUCCGCUGGUGCUGCACCUCCAUUUCGUGCAUAGCUAUUUUGUGCACGGCCAUUUCGUGCACCUCCUUCUCGAUUUUUCCGACAACUGUCAUACCGCUGUUCCUCCAAGAUAUAUGGAUGAACAUCAUAGUUCAUCAGAGGAUGAAGCACCUGCUAAGAGACCCACCAGAGGAGCCACUAGGUUGAGAUAGCUCUUGAUUAAAAGAGCUAAUGGUUAGAAAACACCUGUUGAUAUUAACGUUGACACUGGAAUGCUUAGUGGUCAUUAUGCGGAUGUCUUCAAAAGCUAUUUAGGAAUGUUGGCACGAGAGAGAAUAUCAAUCCUUUAUCUUUUGAUCUUGUCACUGAAGUUGAUCGGGAAAUGAUAUGGCAGGA